AUGACUAACUUAUCUGAAACUAAAGAUGCGAGCAUCUACAAUGAGAUCGUUCGUCUGGAAUUUGCUCAAGAAGCAAAAAUUUGUUUAUUUUCUUAUUUCACAGUCAAUGAAAAAUCCAGAUGUAGCGCCGAGAAAGCCCUUUCCUUUUGCAAAAGCGACGAGGAAAAAUAUUCAUACCUAAGCAAUAUUUUAAUUUUAAUUGAGAGUCCUUCUCAUGAAAUGUCUAGUCCUGAGGCUGAGGAGGUGAAGUUUAAUGAUGCAGAUCUCAAAAAAUUUGUUCAAAAACUAAACCUUAAACAACUUGAACGAUUUGAGCCAUUAAAAGACGAAGAUGUAAAGAAAUUCUAUGAUUUUGCCGGGCCUGAUUUCACUUGGCCAUCCACAAGUGAUAUCAAUGAGCGCCGUGCCAUAUACGAUCACAUCACUUAUCCUGAUCCCCGUUUUCAAAAAGGCCAAGGGGAAGAAAUUGCAAUCAACAGGCUUGCAUACCGUCGUCUUAUUGAGUCCGGAAGUCUGGAUUCAUCUAAAGGAGACUAUGUUCAUAUUGAACAUGGAAAAUUGGUGGGUUAUGGGACCAAGUUAUCAGUAGAGGAAUAUAUGGAGUUGAUAAAAAAUAAUCCUGGUAUGUUAUACUCUCCGAUUAAGCAAGAGGUGGUUAACAUAAGAUUCUCCUCCAUUGCAAAUAUUAAAUUAAAGGAAUGGCAGGUAAAUAUGCGAAUUCGGAAGAAAGUUGAUUGUAACGACAUUGCAAUAAUGACGAAUGUUGACCAUGACACGGAUAAUCAUAAUCAAGAAUUUCGUCUUAUAAUGGAUUCAGGGUCAACAGUAACCAUUAUACCAUAUUAUAUAAGAUUGAAAAUGACAUACGAUUAUGGUUGGAAUACAACCCCAUCCAGAUUAAAUGGUUAUGGUUCAGGUUUGGAUGUUUUUAAGGUUUCGAUUCCUUGGGAGGUUUCAUUGGGCGAUGGGAGUAACUGGACGGAUUGGAUAGAAACUGAAGAGUUAUAUUGCUGGCAAUUUAAAGUUCCCGACAACACCAUUGAUUGUGGUUUAGUAGGAUUUGAUGUAUUAAAUGCUAUACACCAUAUUAAAAUUCCAGGGAGGCCGUAUAUCUUUGUAACACAAAAUGAUAAUGAGCUUGAAGAAGAGGAACUUGAAGAAGAGGAGGGAACUUCGAGUGAGGAAGAAGAGAGUAUUAUUUUAAAAGCUACUUUAGUACAACAAUUAACUACACGAUAUCUAAAGUCACGAAUACACUACGUAGCAAAAUCAAAGCAUUGGUGGCGAAAUGUUCUUCCAUCCUAUGAUCCUGUUCGAUUUAAAAAACUCUUGCGAACGUUUCCACAUCAUUUUCAACAAUUAGCAGAUCUUAUACGCCACCAUCCUGUAUUUUUACCACAAGGAAAUAAACCUCAAGUUUGUGUUGAAUUUCAAUUAGCU